AUGAUUACGGUUAGAGCCCGAGUGCCGGGAAGUAUAUACUCAGACCUGAGACGUGAGGGCGUUCUUAAGGAGUCCCUACUGUCCGGCGAUAAUGAUGUGAAGUAUCGGUGGGUUUCGUACGACAACUGGACGUUUGAGCGCACAUUCAAUGGUAUCGACGAGAAACUAUUGAGCAAACAAUACGUGUAUUUGUUGGCCAACGGUAUCGACACUGUCAGUGAAGUUACCGUAAAUGACCGACUGAUAGGCCGUACAGACAAUCAGUUCGUACGGUAUAAGUGGGACGUAAAACACGUGCUAAGAGUGGGUCAAAACACGGUUCGUGUGUCCAUACAGUCGGCGCCGUUAUAUUCAUUGCGAAAGUCCAAAGAAUAUGAAGAGAAAUACAAGUAUAAAGUUAUUUCAUGCACAAAAUCAGACAAUACGGAGUGCUACGUGGAUUUCAUCCGAAAAAUGGCGGCUUCUUAUAGUUGGGAUUGGGGCCCGGCGUUUCCCACACAAGGAAUAUGGAAAUCAUUGGGCGUCGAGUCGUACGACAGGGCAGUCAUACGAGACGUUACGGUAGACACGAGACGCGACCCGAAAACACCCGAUCGGUGGACACUCGCCGUCAGCGCACACAUAGAGACCGCAUCUAAGAAACAAUUGGACGCUAUUAUAGACAUAACACUCGACGACAAACCACUGGUGGCUAAACACAGCCAACGACUGACUGCCGACCCCUUGGGUGCAGUCAAAGCCGAUUUCGUGAUCACAAUCCCGGAGGACAUACCCAUCAUUGCGUGGUAUCCCAACGGUGUGGCCGACAAUACACAGCAGUUAUACUCACUUCAAGUCCGGCUCUCAUUCGCCGACAGUCAGGAAGUGUCGGCUCAGACCAAACGAAUCGGUUUCCGGACUAUACGUCUGGUGCAGAGCCCGACCCCCGGCGAUGGCCUCACCUUUUACUUCGAGGUCAACGGACAGCCGGUGUUCGCCAAAGGGUCCAAUUGGAUACCGGCUAACGUACUGCAGGAGGACCUGACCGAGGCUUACGUCCGGGAUUUGUUGGUCUCCGCGCGCUCGGCCAACAUGAAUGUGUUGCGUGUGUGGGGCGGAGGGGUGUAUGAGUCGGACGUGUUUUACGAUUUGGCCGAUGAGUUGGGAAUAAUGAUAUGGCAGGACAUGAUGUAUGCCUGCGCUCCCUAUCCCGUGAACCCGGAGUUUCUGUUGUCGGUCGACGUGGAGAUCAGUCAACAGAUCCGUCGUUUACAACACCACCCGUCCAUCGCUAUCUGGGCCGGUAACAACGAGAUCGAGGCGGUCAUUGCGGCGUUUGUUUCAGACGAGAGACAUAAACAGGAUUACAGGGAGUUGUUUGUAAAACACAUGCAAACACUGGUGACCGACGGCGACACCAGUCGGCCAUUCGUGACCUCCAGUCCAUCAAAUGGGUUGAAGGAUAAGCUGGAGAACUAUACGGCCAAAAAUCCGGGUGAUUUGCGGUACGGAGACGUCCACUCGUAUAACUAUAUGUCCCCGCAGUGGGACUGGACUGUAUACCCGAGGGGUAAGUUUAUCUCAGAGUACGGCCAACUGUCCUACCCCUCACUGGACACCUGGUUGACAGCGUUGCCCGACGCAGACAUGACAUACCCGACCAGCGCCGGUGUCCGGCAUAGGAAUCGAUUGGGCUUUUUUAAUGGUACCCAAGUGAUCGAGGGCCUUUCAGGAAAUUACUUCCAACUGCCGGCUCCGGGAGGUGUGGAUCGGUUCGCGGACUUAAUAUAUUUGUCGCAAAUAACGCAAGCGAUGGCUAUUAAGACACAGACAGAGCUCUACCGACGCGAUCGUGAGGUCGACCCUCAGACAGGCUUUGGUGGGACAAUGGGUGCCCUGUAUUGGCAACUGAACGACAUAUGGCCGGCGCCGACCUGGGCUUCCAUAGAGUUCGGCGGCAAAUGGAAAAUAUUGCACUCAUUUGCCCGACAUUUCUACCAUAACCUAUUGGUGUCACCAUAUUUGGAUAAUAAUAGCAUUAAGGUAUCGUUAGUUCGCGACGACUAUUACGGGAAACUGGACUUUGAUUUGUCGGUCAAAGUAUACGAUUGGUCACAGAAUCGGCCCAUUUAUGAGCACAAGUCUCGCCACUCGUCCGACAGUUUCUCCGCACAACUCGUGUAUAACAUAACUGUUCCCGAACUGUAUAGAGUGGCCAAAUGUCCCCAAACUGACUGUCACAGUGAUUGGGUGUUGAAUGUAGAGGUGACAAACACCGAGCGCAAAUUACAGGCAAACAAUUUCCUACUCUUAUCGGAGCCCAAAAACUCGCACAUAAUUCAGCCUAAUAUCAAAGUGUUGGACGUGAAGGAGGUUAAGGGGGCCGAGGGUUCAGCCCCUGUGGGCCCGCAUUAUCUGUCAAACAGCCGUACGUUUAGUAUAAGCCUAUCGUCCGAAACGAUCGCACCGUUUGUUUCGCUGGACUUUCGGCCGAAGACUGGAAUUAGCGGUCAUUUCAUGGAAAACGGAUUCUUUAUAUUUGACGGCAAAAAGUCUGUCAUAUUUUCCACGGAAUCUAAUGUUACGGAUAAACACAUUAGAGAUAAUCUCGUCAUUAAAUCCGUAACCGAUGUUAUUGUUUAA